AACCACCAUUUCCAUCUCCAAAGCACACUCCUCUCUCUCCCAUCUCUCAAUCCUUCCACCACACUCACAUAUUUCCAUCUCUCAAAGCAGAAGCAAAAGAAGAAGAAAAAAGAAGACGAAAUUCGCACACAUAAUCGAUCCACCAUGCCUCGCAGGUACGCCUUCGGAAGGCCGGAAGACGCCACCCACCCCGACUCCGUCAAGGCCACCUUGUCGGAAUUCCUCUCCACUUUCAUCUUCGUCUUCGCCGGAGAAGGCUCCGUCCUCGCUUUGGAUAAGAUGUACAAGGAUACGGAUUUGUCGGCCGCUGGGCUGGUCCUCAUCGCGCUGGCGCAUGCGCUUUCUCUCUUCGCGGCCGUGGCCUCCAGCAUGAACGUCUCGGGGGGGCACCUAAACCCCGCUGUCACCUUCGGGGCCCUUGUUGGUGGCCGGGUGUCGAUGCUCCGCGCUAUUUUCUACUGGGUCGCGCAACUCUUGGGGGCGGUCGUCGCUUCCCUCCUCCUAAGGCUCGCCACCGAUGGCUUCAGGCCGAUAGGAUUCUCAGUGGCGGUUGGCGUAGGAGUAUGGAACGCCCUCCUGAUGGAGAUCGUGAUGACUUUCGGGCUAGUCUACACCGUCUACGCGACCGCAAUAGAUCCCCGGAGAGGGAGCCUGGGGACGAUCGCGCCACUCGCGAUCGCGUUCAUCGUUGGAGCGAACGUGCUAGUGGGAGGGCCUUUCGAGGGCGCAGCGAUGAACCCCGCACGAGCAUUUGGGCCGGCCCUAGUGGGGUGGAGGUGGAGCUACCACUGGAUCUACUGGCUGGGGCCGUUCGUAGGGGCGGCAAUUGCCGGGAUCAUAUACGAGUUCGGGCUCAUACAGCCGGAGACGACGCCGCACCAUACUCACCACCAGCCUUUGGCUCCCGAGGAUUACUAGACAUUUGUUGUUGAGUGAGUGAUGGAAUGAAUAAAUAAAUAAGUUGUUUUGUUGAAUAUACGUAUGCAGUAGCCUAUGUAUUUUACUUGGAUUUGUAACUUUCAUUUCUGAAAUAAUGGAUGGAUUGUAAUUUUCAA